CACCAGCUUCCUCAUCCUUCUCAGAAUCAGUCUUCAAUACAUAAAUUUCCCUUCAGCAACAAUGGGUUCCAAGACACUUCUUUUCUUUUUCAUUUCCAUGGCUGUAGUUCUAAUGAUUACCUCAGAGGUGGCUGCCAAGUCAGUUGACAAUUUUGAGACAAAUAAGGAAGGAGAAGCCAAGUACCAUGGAGGUGGCUACGGAGGAGGCCAUGGAGGUGGCCACGGAGGAGGCUACGGAGGAGGUCAUGGAGGGCACCAUGGUGGUGGAUACGGGGGCCAUCCAGGAGGAGGUAAUGGGGAUGGACAUGGAGGGUACGGGGGUGGCGGCCAUGGUGGUUAUGGACAUGGCGGUGGCGGCCAUGGUGGUUAUGGACACGGCGGACAUGGCGGUGGCGGCCACGGUGGACAUCCUGGUGAGGCUGCAGAUGCUGAGCCCCAGAACUAAUAAAGCCAGCUUCUAGCUAGGUCAUGAUUAAUCAUGAACGCUUAAACAGGCUUACUAUACUAUUAUGUACUUUGUAAUGUGGAAUUCAAAUAAGUGCUGGAUCAGUGAUCCUGUAAUAUGUACUGCAUGUAAUAUGAGUUUGUGAUUUUGUGUGUC